AUGGUCAACCAAUACAACGCGAACGUGAAGAACGAGCUGCGAAUCCUGACGACGUCGCCCAUUCACGGGUACGGCUACCGCCUCAGCGAUUUCUGGGAGGGGAUCGUUAAGCACCGCGCCCAUGCUGUCGUCAUCGACGCGGGUUCGACAGACGGUGGUCCGUCGUGUCUGGGUAUCGACGACGAAUUCAUCUGCGCAAAGGAGAGCUACGUGCGGGACUUUGGCCCCAUGCUCGAAGCGUGCCACCACCUUGGAGUCAAGAUCAUCAUUUCGUCGUCUGGCGGAUGCGGUGAUGACCGUUCCGUUGACCACUUUGUCAACGUUGUCAGAGAAAUGGCCGGUUCGAGCGCCUACUCGUUCAAGGUCGCGACGAUCAAGACUGAAGUGUCCAAGGAUGUAGUACGAAGCCAUCUCCAAUCUGGCCAGAUUCAGCCUUGUGGCCCCGUACCUGAACUUACUGAGGAUGCACUGGACAACACCGUCAAGAUUGUCGCACAGAUCGGCCCCGAGCCAUACCUCAAAGUCCUGCGCGAGCACCCCGACGUGGAUAUCAUCCUCGGCGGGCGGAGCUACGACCCUGCACCCUUCACCGCUUUGGCAAUGUACCAUGGCAUGGGCAGCAAGGACAACUACGGUCCUGCGCGACACAUGGGCAAGAUUCUUGAAUGCGGCGGUAUCUGCGCGCGGCCAAAGGCGCGAUCUAUCCUUGCCGUUCUGCGCGAGGACAGCUUCGAUCUCGUGCCUCUCCAUCCCACUGAGAGCGUUACGCCCAUCUCGGCAGCGGCGCACAGUCUGUACGAGAAGACACGUCCGGACAUCCUCGAUGGCCCCGGCGGCAAACUUCUCCUUGGCAAUGCGACGUACACUCCCCUCCCAGGGGGAAGGGUUCGCUGCGCCAACGCAAUGUUCGAGACAACAGAGUACAUGGUGAAACUCGAGGGCGCUCAGCAGCUGGGGUACCGAACCGUGUUUAUUGGCGGCGUUCGCGACCCGAUCCUCAUCGAGGGCAUCGACGCCUUCCUCGACAAGGCAGCAGAGUACACGACGUCUCUUUUUCCCGCUCUGCAGGAUGGCUCCGCCAGUAUCCUCUGGCACGUGUACGGCCGCGACGCCGUCAUGGGCGAGCUUGAGCCCGUAAAGGCCACGCCCCACGAGCUCGGCAUCAUGGGCGAAGUUGUCGCGCAGACCCAGUCCCUCGCCAACGCGAUUGCCAACAACGUCCGCGUCGGAUGCCUGCACAACUCAUAUCCGGGCCAGCUGGCAACAGGAGGCAACUUUGCUAUUCCGCUCAGUCCGCAUGAGCAACCGGCCGGUCCCGUAUUCCGCUUCUCGGUCUACCACCUUAUGCCAUGUGCGGACCCGGCAGAUUGGCCCAUCGAGGUGAUGCAGCUGGGUGUCGCCCCUUCUCAAGUGGCAGAACGUGACGCCAACUACGCCCCUCAUUAUCCUCAGCCUCAGGUCGUAAACUUCUCUCAGAACGGUAGCGCGGCGAACGGCCACGCGACGAACGGACACGCCGCGAAUGGCCACAAGACAAAUGGCCACCUCAACGGCGAGGCGAAGGACUCAACUACACCCAACACCCUGCGGUAUCUUGCCAAGGUCGUACGGUCCAAGAACUCGGGACCGUUCGAAGUGACCAUGGACGUCAUGUUUGACACGGAAGAGGUGUUCGACCGAGCGGAGCGGUCGGGCGUCCUGAACCGCAAGCUCAUCAAGCGCCUGUACAGUGUCCCCGACGACAAGAUCCUCACGUGCAUGUUUUUCCGGCCCGCGCUGGCUUGGAAGAUGACGAUUGUGCGGCCGCGCGAACAGGGCUCCAUUGGAGAGACGGACACGUUCGGUACUGCUCAGCAUGCGCCGCUCCUCGACGUUGAGAUACCCCUUUAG